CAACCAACUAUAAUAGAUUAGAUUCGUGUUUCUUCCUAUGACCGGCAGCGUGUAUCUACGGUACCGGUGGAAAUUAGUUAAUAUAAAAUGUCGUGCACUAAAUUCCGUUUUUUAUUUUAUAUCACAUAUAGUUGUUUAUUUUUGAAUCUUGUAAAUGCAAAUAUUCAGACAUCAUCAAAAAAUACUUUUGCAGAACAACUUACUGAAGAAAAUUGGGAUCGUAUACUAAUCGGAGAAUGGAUGGUGGAAUUUUAUGCUCCAUGGUGCCCUGCUUGUAAAGCAUUGGAACCAAUUUGGGAACAUCUUGCUUCACAAAAGAAGAAUCUAAAUAUUAAUGUAGCAAAAGUUGAUGUAACUGAUUCUCCAGGACUUAGUGGAAGAUUUAUGGUUACAGCUUUACCAACAAUAUAUCAUGUUAAAGAUGGUAUAUUUAGGCAAUAUAAAAGCCCUAGAGAUAAAGAUUCAUUGAUUGAAUUUGUAUCUGAAAAAACUUGGGAAAAAAUUGAACCAAUUCCUGGUUGGAAGAGUCCAACUUCUAUUCAAAUGUCUCUUAUUAGUCAAUUCUUUAAAAUGUCACAAGUAUUAAGGGGAAUACAUAAUAAACUUAUGGAAGAUUUUGGAUUACCUACAUGGGGAAGUUAUUUAAUUUUUGCUAUUGCUACUAUUGUUUUAGGUGCAAUAUUAGGAUUGUUUAUUGUCUGCUUGAUCGAUUUUAUAUAUCCACCAAAACCUGUGAUGCUUCAAGACAAAAAGAAACAAAAAGAAGGAUCAGGAGGAUUUAUGCAAGAGAAAAGUAUACAAGAUGAAGAAAUUGUUAAAAAUGUUAAAGAUGAUUUAGUAGAUGAAGAAUCUGAACAAGAAGGAUCAGAGACAGAAGAAAAAGAAAAAGAUGUAAAUAAAGAUUCCAAAACUGAACCAAGCAGUCCAAAUGUUCGUAAACGUAAGCCACGUAAAGCUGAUUAGACAUACUAAUUUCUUGUAUGUACAUAUUUAACAUCUGGAGAAAAUGAUAAACGAUAUUUAACAGUUUGUAAUAUUAAUUUGUUUUGAUAAAUGAAGACAGUGACAACAAUACAUGAAUAUUCUAUUUG